GCUCUUGGCAGUGCUCUCGAUCCGGGCUUCAGUCACUGCGCGAUGUUCAGACUAAGCUAUCGACUGCCCACCGCCCUCGGCUGUCUGCGCCACGCCUCCUCCGCCGCCGGCGAGGGUCAGCGCACCGCCCUCUACGAUUUCCACGUGCAAAAAGGCGGCAAGAUCGUGAACUUCGGAGGCUAUGCCCUGCCAGUUCAGUAUUCGGAUCAGAGCAUUAUAGCCUCCCACCUCCACACCCGCCAGGUGGGCUCCAUCUUUGACGUAUCGCACAUGCUGCAGACCCGGAUUUUCGGCAAGGAUGCGGCCGCCUGUCUGGAGUCCGUUUGCACAGCGGACAUUCUGGGCACGCCGGAGGGCAGUGGUAGCCUCACCGUCUUCACCAACGAGGCGGGCGGCAUCCUGGACGAUCUCAUUGUGAACAAAGUCAGCGAAAAGGAACUAUAUGUGGUAUCCAAUGCGGCGAUGAAGGAACAGGACAUGGGCAUAAUAAAGGCAGCUGUGGAUAACUUUAAGUCCCAGGGCAAAGAUGUAACCAUCGAAUUCCUCACACCCACCGAUCAAUCUCUAGUUGCCGUCCAGGGUCCUCAAGUGGCCAAGGAACUAUCGAAACUACUUGCCAAGGAAGCUUCUCUGGAUCAACUCUACUUUAUGAGCUCCUUCAUCACCACAUUGGCUGGAAUCCCCAAUGUGAGGAUCACGAGAUGUGGUUACACCGGCGAGGACGGUGUGGAGAUAUCGGUGGAAUCCAGCCAGGCGCAGAAGCUCACCGAAUCCCUUCUAGAGAGUGGAGUCCUCAAGCUUGCUGGUCUGGGAGCCAGAGAUUCCCUGCGUUUGGAGGCGGGUCUCUGCCUCUAUGGCAGUGAUAUCGAUUCCAAGACGACACCCGUGGAGGCGGCUCUCGCCUGGCUGGUAACCAAAAGACGCCGCACCACCCGAGAUUUUCCAGGAGCUGAUGUGAUCCUCCGCCAGCUAAAGGAGGGCGUCAGCCGGAGGCGAGUGGGUCUCCAGAUGUUGGGUACCAAGCCACCGCCCGCUCGUUCCGGAGUGGCCAUCUUUAGUCAGGGUAAGCAGGUGGGUCAGGUGACCAGUGGCUGCCCAAGUCCCAGUGCUGGACGCAACAUUGCAAUGGGAUAUGUGGCGGAAAAUCUAAAAGCACCCGGGACAAAGGUGGAGUUCAAGGUUCGAGACAAGCUCUACGAGGCCGAAGUCACCAAAAUGCCCUUUGUAAAAGCUAACUAUUAUAACAGGCCAAAGAAAUAAAUGUGCAACAGAAACCGAUAA